AUGAUUAUUGAAAAAUCUGGAUAUAGAAUUGAAAUCUCUGCAGAAUUAUAUGUCAAACCUAAACAUAGGGCAGCUGAACAUAUUGGAAUUGAUAAUUUAUUACUAGCUAAAUCACCAAAACAUUUUAAAAUAGAUCAUGAAACUUUCAAUAAUUUCUAUAUAGAUAAGAAGAAACAUAAAUUGAUUAGUAUUUAUAAAGAAAUUCCUGAACCAUCAAAAGAACUUAUAUUAAAUCAUAAACGUAUUGUUAUCAAAUGGAGAAAAGUUAAUGAAUCUUCAAAAUCCAUAUUUGGAAGCUCGGGUCCAAAAAAAACAUGUCAAGUUGAAUUUUAUUUAAUACCUGGUUACAAUGAUAGCUUAGAAGAUUUCUUGAUUAAUAUAUUAUCAGACUUGAAUAGAAAUUUCGAAAAUAAUAUUGAUAUACCUGCUUUCUUGAAUACUGAAUCAUUUGGUAAUGGAUUAGAUAUAAUUGAAGAGAAAAAAUUCUUGAUGAAUAUAUUCCAUGAAAAGAAAAAUGAUCCAUUACCUUUAGGAAUCAUAUUAAAAAGUUUAAUUUCAUACAUUAUGUCAAAAGAAUAUGAUAUGUUUGAUUCAUAUGAUCAUUUAGUUAAAGCAUAUGAAUUUAAUUAUGCGAAUCAACUUAAACUUAUGGUCAUAUGGGGUGAAAAUAUAAAAACAUUUAAAACUUAUAAGAUUAUAUUGGAACAAUUAAAUUAUAUGAUAUCAAAUGAUUUGAUGUCUGAAUCUCCAAAUGAUUGUUUAAUUACAUUGAUUCCUGGUUAUUUAAAUUAUAAUAUCAAUGGUAAUAAUGAUGAACUUCCACCAAGUUAUGGAUCAAGUGUUUUGAAAUGA